AUCUACGCCGACAAUGAAGAUACUAGCAGGUACUGCGCUGCUCUGUGCCGUGGCUGUUCUCGCCCUGGCGGAGAAAGUACGGUUCGAUGGACACAAGGUGCUGAAGGUUGUUCCAAGGACAGCGAGAAAUGUCCACGACAUUGCCAAAAUGGAGAAUGAAUUCAAGCUUGACUUCUGGCACUUUCCCAAAUACACCAACGACAGUUUCCACGUGAAGGUUGGGCCUCAUACCCUCGAACCUUUCCUGUCCAAACUCCGACACAUGGAAGCGGACUUCAGCGUUUGGAUUGAUGACGUACAAAGUCUUGUAGACUUAGAGGACAGACAAAGAAGGAACCGGCGAGCUGUACAGAUUGCUGACCCCUUGAAUGAAUAUCUCAAAUUGGAUCAGAUCACUGAAUACGUAGAAAACAAGGCUUUAGGUCACACAAACAUGCACCUGUCUUACCUCCCAAACAAAACAUACGAAAAUAGGGACAUACAGGUGGUAAAGAUUGUCAGUCAGAAUGGAGAAGCUUCUAAAUCUAUAUUUAUUGACUGUGGUAUCCAUGCCAGGGAGUGGAUAUCACCGGCCUUCUGUUUGUUUGCUAUCGACAAGUUACUCUCGGGAGAAAGUUCAGACCUUCUCGACAAGUACAAUUGGCAUAUUGUUCCUGUACUGAACCCGGACGGCUACCAUCAUACCCACACUACAGAUCGAUUAUGGAGAAAGAACCGAGCACUUAACCGCAACACCAAUAACUGCCGUGGGGUAGAUCUGAAUCGUAACUUCGGCUACGGAUAUAAUCCAGCUAUAGGUGGCAGCACAAGUAUCUGCUCCGACAUUUACACCGGUACUAAGGCGUUUAGCGAGCAAGAGUCGGACGGUCUUCAGCGCUACAUUUUAGACAACCAGGACCAAAACUUUGUCUCUUAUUUGACCGUUCACUCCUAUGGGCAGAUGUGGCUUCAUCCCUGGGGGUACACUAGCGUGCUUCCCGACGACGUCGAGGACCUGACGAUUGCGGGAAACAUUGCCAAAACUGCACUGGGAAGUGUUAAUGGUACUGUUUACGAGGUGGGAUCUUCAACACAGGUUUUGUAUUCUGCAGCUGGAGGGUCAGAUGACUGGGCUAAAGGCGGGGCCAAUAUUAAGUUCUCAUACACAUUAGAACUGAGGGAUACGGGACGUUAUGGUUUCGUCCUUCCUGUGUCUUAUAUCGAGCGCACUGUCAUAGAGACAUGGGCAGGGGUCCGAGCUAUGGCCGAUCACAUUUUUGGAUUUUAAAGAUGCGGCUGCCGAGUUCUUGUCUGCGUUUCCUCUUAACUUUCGACUAGGCUGACAAGCAAUACACAUUGAAGUAUGUGUUGCGGACAUCCCGAAAUUUCGCGACUUGAAAUAUUGAGUUGAGAGUUAAGAAAACAAUGCUAGCUUAAUGUAUGCAUCGGUCACGUGGAGUGUUAAAGGAAACUAAGACAUGUGGAACAGGAUAGGAGGAACUGAGUUAACUUUAUGUUGAAAUAAAAAAAUUAG